AUGCCGAUUCCGACUCCGGAAACGCUCUUAGGACGUCUGACAUCCACGGCAGGGAAGCCAAAAUUGCGCGCGAGCAGUGAGUUUGAAUCUAUUAGCCAUGUUUUUGUCUUAUGCCCCGUUGCUCAGGAUUUCUGGUUAAGAGGUUGCCCUGUCGUGUUCUCUCUGGAAGAUUGUUGCAAGGCUUGUAUGGUGUUAUGGGCAAUUUGGAGGUAUCGAAAUGAUAUUGUUCGGGAGGGCAGGCGCACCCCUGUGGCUGAAGUGGUUAAUAUGGCGUCUCUUUUCCUUUCGAAGUGGCAAAAUGCUCAGGCUAAGGAAGCUGCGCCGUGUUCUCAGACUCGUCAGAUUGUGCAUUCGGAGGGUAUGACUUCCUGGUCCAAACCAGUAGCUAAUUGUGUUAAAUGUAAUAGUGAUGCGGCAGUUUUUCAAGGCUGUGAUGGGUUAGGUGCAGGGUGGGUUAUUCGAGAUUCCAGUGGGCAAUUGGUGAAGGCAUGUCAGGUGAAACUUGCUGUUCCUAAGGACCGUUAA